AUGCCGUCCACGUCAUCCAUGACGCCCCAGGACAGGGAGAGGAUCAAGCGGUCUAUCCCGUCGUCGACGAAUAAGAUUGUCUCCGCCGCUGUUGCUCGAUUGUAUGUUUCGCAUCCUAAUCCGAAUGCGUGGACGUAUACGGGGAAGACCGGAGCGGUUGUGUUGGCGUAUGACAAAGUAGGGAAGGUGUUCUUCUUGAAGAUGGUCGAUAUCUCGAAUGGAAACCGCGGUGUAGUCUGGGACCAAGAACUCUACGACGGCUUUCAAUACUUCCAAGACCGUACUUUCUUCCACUCCUUCGAACUCGAACGCUUCAUGGCCGGACUCUCCUUCACCUCCGACUCAGACGCAGCGGUCUUCUUCCGCAAAGUUAACGAACGCGAGAAAUCCGCCGAAUCGACAUCUAACCGUCUCUCUCUCCUUCCAUCCUCAUCAUCGCCCUCCAGCAGUCCGAGUAAGGCGAAUAAGAGGAAGAGUAUGAAGGUAGACAAGAGCAUGAUCGGCGCACCGGCGGAAUUUAAGCAUAUGUCGCAUAUCGGAUGGACGCCAGAUCAAGGAUUCCAGGCUACGGGAAUUGACCCAAGUUGGCAGGCUUUGGUGGAUGCUAUGGCGAAGCAAGGAAUCAGUCGGGAUAUCAUUGAGGAGAACAAGGACUUCGUGGCAGAUUUCGUUGCGCAGGCGGGAGGUGUGGAUGCUGUCAUCGCGGCUGGGAAUGCAGCGGAGGCAUCAGCUGCACCACCACCACCGCCGCCGAGUGCACCGCCGACUUUCACGACGAACAGGAUUAGGGCUCCACCACCGCCGCCGCCGUCUGCUCCGCCUGCUGCAGGAGGAAGGAGUACACCGCCGGCUCCACCACAAAGUCGAAAAGCACCUCCGCCACCGCCUUCGAGACGUGCCGUACCAGCACCAGCGUCAUCCCAUCUCGCACCUGUCAACGACGCGCCACCCAUCCCGGCGAAGAUCCCACUAGAUGAAGGACCAUCGACACGAUUCAACGUACCACCACCCUUCAUGAAACCGACUGCGUCGGCACCAUCAGCCGUCCCACCCCCACCACCAACACGCAGUGGACCAGCAUUGCCGGGCAGAGGAGGAGCGGGCGGACCCCCACCACCCCCACCACCGAGGAACGCUGGAGGUCCUCCGCCGCCGCCGCCCGCGAGACGUGCAGUUCCUGCCCCCCCGAUGGGAGGGUACAAUGCUCCUCCGCCUCCUCCUCCUCCGCCGUUAUUCGGAGGAGCACCCUCCGCUCCAAUUCCACCUCCACCUCCACCAAUGCCUUCUAUGUGCGGAGGGGGUGCACCACCUCCUCCACCACCGCCCCCUCCACCCCCAAUGGGAGGUUCUUCCGCACCCCCUGCCCCACCUCCGCCGCCUAGAAUGGACGGCGGUGCACCCGCGGCUCCAGCAGCUCCAGUCCCAGCCGCCGUCGCAGCCCCAGUCCGUGUGAACCUCAUGGCUUCUAUCCGUGGUGCAGGCGGUAUCGGCGCCCUCAAGAAGGUUGAUCCGACGGAGCAGAAGAUUAGUAGUGGGUUACCGACUGAGGGGGGAGGAGGAGGAGGGAGUAAGGCGCCUCCUGUGGGGGCAGCGGCGGCGGGAGCGGGAGGGAUGGCGGGGGCGUUGGCAGCUGCGUUGUCGGCUAGGAAGGCGAAGGUUGCGCAUGAUAGUGAUGAGGAGGAGGAUGAGGAUUGGUGA